CAUAGUAACGGAGCAGCUCGACACCAGCGGACAGACAGAAAUAAAACAGUCCGACAUGUCCUCGCCGCGGCUCGGAGUGUUCAGAGACUCCAUGACGACCAACCCGCUCAUCAUCAAGGCGCCCCUGGGUCAGUCCCAGUCCAGAGGUCUGUCCUUUCCUGGUCCAGACUUCACUUUUGGGACCAGUAGCGGCUGCAGGGACGGGGGUGUGGCCGAGGUUCUGUCCAGUUGGAGUAUUCCGAGGCGGCGUGGAGAAUCGGCGCCGCUGCAGCCGCUCCCUCCAGACUUUGUGACUCUGAACCGGGACGCGGUGCGGUCGGGCCUGGUGACGUCCAAAGAGCUGAGUCAGUACCGCGCCCAGAGGGGCGAGGCCAACAAGAGCACCGCCCACAGGCAGCGAGAGGGCGGAGCCUUGCUGCGCCCGGCGGUGCCCGACAUCACGUUCGGGGUCACGACCAGGGCGCCGUCCCCGCUGGCCGACCUGCUGAGUCAUCAGUACGCUCGCCGCUGGACCGAUGAGCAGCUGAGACGCAACCAGACUGCUGAACGCCACAAGCUGCAGCGGAUUCGCCCAGGCUACAUUGUGGACACCAGGACCAGUCUACUGAGGAGGAGCCGCCCGCUGCCCGUCAUACACACACCGCUCACUCUGCCGCGUUUCACUCAGGUUGCUCCGGCUCUCGACACCUUCAGGGACCCGGAGGCUCGGCGCCGGGCACUCCGGGCUCGCCAGGCGGUAGACGUGUCCCGGAGAGACGUCCAGGAUCAGGGGACGGACGGUCUGGACUGAGAGGACGGGAAGACACAUAGAGAGACAGAGAGGAGUCCCUCUGGCCUCCGACCCGGGUCCUCUCAUCUUUACUAACAUUAAUAAAAACCUGUGUAACAGAUUGUUGGAAUCUAACUUUAAAA